CGCUACCAACGAUGGACAGCGAGACGACGAUCGUGGUCUCAGAGAAGUCUGCGCUUGUGGACCGUGCAGAUGGCGCCAGCAACGAGGCGGCGACGAUCUCGCUGUGGGAUGAAGUGUCCUCUUUGGUCACCUUGGCUGCUCCCAUCGUGUUUACCCUGUUCAUGGAGUUCAUUCCCAGUAUCACCAACAUCAUCUUGGUCGGUCAAAUGCAAACACCAAACUUGAAGCAGUACGUGGACGCCACCGCCAUGGCCGUCAUGUACACCAACAUCACGUCGUAUUCCGUCGGGUUGGGCAUGGCCACUGCGUUGGACACGCUGUGCACACAAGCUUAUGGCGCUGGAAAUCUCAGAAAGUUUGGCGUGUUGCUGCAAAGUGCCCUUUUGGGCAUGGCGCUGACGCUGGUUCCUGUGACACUGCUCAACUGGUUCAGUGGCGACAUUCUGAAACUCCUGGGCCAAGAGCCAGCCUUGGCCGACUUGACAGGCGCGUUCAUUCGCGUCAUGACCGUGGGGUACCCGGCUUUGUACGCGUUUGAAGUGCUCAAGAAGCUCGUGCAAGCCGAGGGCGUGACCACCCCCAUGGCCGUCCUCACCGGCCUCGGCAACAUCCUGCACGUUUCGAUGGGGUACUACCUGUCCCAGCACACUUUUCUCGGGUACCUCGGCCCCGCGGUCGCUCUGACAGUGAUGGAAACCGCCGUGCUAUUGGGGAUGCUGGGCUACGUCUUGCUCUGGAACACCAUGUACACUGGCUGGUGCAUCGAGUGGGGCUGGCACGCGGCGUGGUCCCAUGUCGCGCAGUUCUUCCAGUUCGGCGUGCCCGGCAUGCUCAUGAUGAUGAUCGAAUGGGGCGCCAUCGAGAUCCUCACGCUGGUCGCUGGCAUCCUACCCAACCAUAUCCUGACCAUUGGCGUCAACUCGAUCCUCUCCAGCACACUCAACCUGGCGUACAUGCCGUACUUUGGCUUGUCAGUGGCCGCGACCAUCCGCAUGGGUACCCUCCUCGGCGCCAACCAGCCGGACAAGGCCAAGCGCGUCAUGUUCCUCACGCUGCGCCUGUGCUUUGCCUGCGCGCUCUUGACCGCGUCCGCCAUCGUCCUCCUCUCCCCCGUCCUGCCCCGACUCGUCAUCAACGACGUCGACGUCAUCGCACGAGGAAGCACUGCGCUGUGGUUUAUCGCUCCGUUGCACGUCGUCGACGCCAUGAACGCUGCGUGCCAGGGCUUCUUUCGAGCGAUGGGCAAGCAGGACGUGGCCAGUGGCGUGAAUGCCGCCGCGUUUUACCUCGUGGGGGUGCCCGUGGCCGUCCUCUUUGGCGUGUACUUGGAGUGGAGCGUCGAGGGGCUGUGGGCCGGCUUCACGUUUGGCUCGCUCACCGCCUUUGUCGUGUACCAACUCUUGCUGUGCCGCGUCAACUGGGUCGCCGUAGCCCAAGAUGCCGUCAACCGAGAAUAGGAUAUCGUUUUCGUCUACUUAGAACUACUAUGUAGUAUUCAAAUACUAACGACUAUGACUGAUAAUAGUACCAAGUGUAGCGUGUUUGACGUCCAUAUAUCAACGUUGAUUAACGUUAGUCGCGAGAUCGGUCGCGUUUCGACCGCUUCGACUCUCGUUCGCGGGAUGGCGAUCGGUUGCUCCGUUUUCGUUCUUUUUUGUGCUUUUUGGCCUCCUUUUUGGCUUCUUUUUUCAUCUUUUUUUGCUUUUUGGCGUCCUUUUUCCGCGAUUUCUCGUCCGCCUCGUCGUCGUUGUGGACACCCGGAAGGCCAUGGGUCAGAUCCUGUUUGCCCACGUUGUCUUGGUAUCGCUCCGCCAUCGUUCGUCUUUUCGCGGUUGGAUCUUCAUACCCCGUGACAAACGUGGCAGCCCCAAGCCCUUCCACGCGCUCGGCAUCGCCGUCGUUGCGCUCUGUUUCUCCACGCUUGAGCAACGUCUUCAUUUCGUUGGCAUCGAGGGCACCAGUAGGCUCGUGAUGGCGCUUUGGUGCAAUUCCUCUAGAAACGAAAGGUGAGAAACGACGUGGAGCAAGUACACCAGGCUUACAGAGCCUCGUUCAUGCGAUCCUCAUCGCGCUGCUUCGCGAGAGCGAUCUCCUCGGCCAAUACAGCGCUCUGCCCCCCCUUUCCCUUGGAGUACCAGGUCAAGUCCUUGCCUACACUUGUCCAUGAAGAAAUCAUGGUGGUGCUUGGAAUCCUUGUACCUUUGACCCAUCGGCCCACGGGCGCAUUGAGCGAAUGCCCCAGGUAGUUUUCGCGGUACUUGUCGUUCUUUACGUCGUCCCACUUAAACUCUAAGCCAUGGUGAUGUUAUCUGCAUUCAUCACUCCGUCUAAACUUACGAUCUUGACCACCGCGGGUGCCGCCGAAGCGAUAGUUCGUCUUGCCAAAGCUCAUCGCUGUGGCGGAAGAAUGGUGGGGCGUUCUUA